AUGGGAGAGUCCAUUGACCUAAAGAAACCCAUUGACAAGCGGAUCUAUAAGGGGACGCAGCCUACUUGCCAUGACUUCAACCAGUUCACAGCUGCAUCAGAAACUAUCUCGCUGCUGGUUGGCUUCUCAGCUGGGCAGGUGCAGUACCUGGAUCUUAUCAAGAAAGAUACCACUAAACUAUUCAAUGAAGAGCGACUGAUUGACAAGACCAAGGUCACCUAUGUGAAGUGGAUCCCUGAGACCGAGAGCCUUUUCCUGGCCUCCCACGCCAGUGGCCACUUGUACCUAUACAACGUGGAGCACCCCUGUGGCUCAGCCUCACCCCAGUACACCCUCCUUAAACAAGGCGAGGGGUUCACAGUCUAUGGUUGCAAAAGCAAGAGUGCUCGCAACCCACUCCUGAAGUGGGCAGUCGGUGAAGGAGCCCUCAACGAAUUUGCCUUCUCCCCCGACGGGCGCUACCUGGCUUGCGUCAGCCAAGACGGCUGCCUCCGUGUCUUCCAUUUUGACUCCAUGCUCCUGCAGGGGAUGAUGAAGAGCUACUUUGGGGGCCUGCUGUGCGUCUGUUGGAGCCCCGAUGGGCGCUACAUCGUGACGGGGGGCGAGGACGACUUGGUAACAGUCUGGUCCUUUGCUGAGGGCCGGGUCAUUGCCAGGGGCCACGGCCACAAGUCGUGGGUCAAUGCUGUGGCUUUUGAUCCCUUCACCACCAGUACGGAGGAUGACGGGAGUGGGGAGUUCAGCGGGAGCGAUGAGGACAUCCAAGAGACAUCCAAUUUUGGCAGGGUAAGGACAAGCAGCACUCUCUCCCACCUUUCAAAGCAUAGCACCAAAAGUACGCCCUCGGUGACUUACCGAUUUGGCUCUGCUGGCCAGGACACCCAGUUCUGCCUUUGGGAUCUGACGGAAGACGUCUUGUACCCUCAUCACCCACUCUCCCGAGCUCGAACGCUCACCAACACCUUCAGCGCUGGCAUCCCCCCUUCCGGGAGUGGUGGGAGCAACCUGGCUGCUGAAUCCACUGGCGGAGGGGCCCUCCCUCGCUCACUGUCCCGCUCCAACAGCUUGCCCCACCCAGCCGUCACCAGCGCCGCCAAGAGCCACGUGGCUGACGGGGUGGUGCCUUUCAGCAUCGGGAAGUUCGCCACCCUGACCUUGCAGGAGCGGAAGGAGAAGAACGCAGAGAAAGAGCACAAGCGCUACCACAGCUUGGGCAACAUCAGCAAGAGCAACGACAAGCUCAACGUGGUGCCCAAAAGCAAGCUGGAUACCGCCAAGGUCUUGGGCACUGCCCUGUGCCCCCGCAUCAACGAAGUGCCCCUCCUCGAGCCCCUCAUUUGCAAGAAGAUUGCCCACGAACGGCUGACUGUCUUGCUUUUCCUAGAGGACUGUAUCAUUACCGCUUGCCAGGAGGGCCUCAUCUGCACCUGGGCCAGGCCGGGGAAAGCGGUAGACUCUGAACUCUCAGAACGGCGGCUCCCCGAGCGGCACAGUGGUAUAAACCCGGCCCUAUCUCUCCGUCAGCUGGCUUCCAUGCCGGUCCCUUUGGCUCCUUGCGCCAGUGAAACCCUCGAACUCUUUGUCGACCCAAACUCCCGCGGCCUUUGCCUGCCAGCUGGCGUCUGGCGGCCUCGCCCUGUCCCCUUCGGCGGCGUCCGAGCCCUGGAAGAACGUGCCGACGACGACGCUCCCCCUGUGCCUUCGUCACUUUACUACCUGCUCUAA